AUGUCCUUUCACACAAGCAGCUCCAACAUUCGUGUCGAUGAUGGCCACAUCCUCCGCGCCACUCUCCGUAACGACAACGGCGAGGAGGUCGACAGCGAGCUCGACCUGAACAGCUGCCUUAGCAACAGCAACGGGCGCUUUGCAUGGGAUGGCGCAGAUUUCUCCGAGUCCGCCGAAGACAUCUCCUUCACCCUUGAGGGCGAUGCUCAGGUCCCGAUUCUUCGCGCCCGCCUGCGUGGAUCUGACGAAACCUACGACGCCGAUGUCAACCUUGCCGAGCGUAUCGCCAACAACAACGGCAGCCUGUCCUUUGGUAGGUUUCUCGAUUUCCAGCUAGAGUAUCGUGCUGGAAGGGACCAGCUAACAGUUCAUGCAGUUUAA